GUAUGUCGAGACAUGCAGCACACUUUGUCAUGGAUCGUCUCCUUUAUGGGCCCAUUAUUCGGUCGGACCUGAUACCCCAGAGGACGUUAGUGGUAGCUUUCUUUACCUACUUGAUCAAGGACAAUGUAGAGAGCAAACAGGCGGUUUUAAUAGAAAAUCUACUGGAGAUGAUUCUGGAUGUCCAGCUGGACCAGAGCUGCUGGGUGCGGAACAUCGAGGUUCAAGGAUUGGGGUAUACCCCGGAGAAUUUGAAUAAGGAGCUCGUAGUGCGGUACUGCAAUCAAAUACUGGGCAUUUUAAUGAACUGUUUGGAUUAUCACAAUUUGGGGAACGAAAGCGAGCUGAUCCUGGAGUCCCUGCAAUCCUUCUCGAAACUCCUGAACAGUUUGCCAGGGUUCAAAUUCAGUUCCUUUCAAGUUACCGGAGCAGUGAGGAUCAAGUUGCUAUUCAGUCAAGAGGAUCCAGGUCUAAGGAGAUCCUCGAUCCAGUUAUUAGGAGAUCUGGCAACAUCCCUUGGCCAGAAGACCAAUUUGGAGGUAUUCAAGGAGCAGAACCAAGAAAACCUCAUCACUCUACUCUUGCAUCUAUGCGAUCCAGACGUGUAUGUUGUCAAGGCCUCUAAAAGUACAAUCCAGAAGGUUGGCCCUUAUCUGGAUUUUCCGGAGGUAUACCGCAUGAUCCAGGAGUGUUUGGGCGACGACACCGACUUGAUGUUCACGGAUUUUAUUAAGGAGUUAAUUAAACGCAUAGGAUUUAUGGAAUCAAUGAUAUCAAGGUUAUUUGGGGAUCAAAUCGAGGACGAGUUGGUUUAAUGGUGGUGUCUAAGGGCCAAUCCCGCCCUUGUCACCGGUUUGUUCUACGCCAAACUACUAAAGUUUCACUGGAAACUGUCUGCGAUAAACUGAUCAGACUGAUGCAAGACGAGUCAGAAGAAGUUAGGAUUAAGGCAAGUCAAGCUAUAUC